UGUUUUGUUUUUCAGACGCUGACCUGGAUAUGAAUGGGAUGGCGUCAGAUCACAACAUUUCCUCUCAGGAAGAAUACCUCCCACACUAUCUCCAGAAGGAAGACCCCUUUGCAUCAAAGCUUUCUAGAGAAGCUGACAUUGUAGCUGGGUUUUAUUUGACAGUAAUUGGUAUUCUUUCAACUCUGGGAAAUGGGUAUGUUAUUUUUAUGUCCUCAAAGCGAAAAAAGAAGUUGAGACCUGCUGAGAUAAUGACUGUUAAUUUAGCAGUGUGUGAUUUGGGCAUUUCAGUUGUAGGAAAACCCUUUAGUAUCAUUUCCUUCUUUUCUCACCGCUGGGUGUUUGGCUGGAUGGGCUGCCGCUGGUAUGGAUGGGCUGGUUUCUUCUUUGGCUGUGGGAGCCUUAUUACCAUGACAGCUGUCAGCCUGGACAGAUACCUGAAAAUCUGCCACUUGUCUUACGGUACAUGGCUUAAGAGACAUCAUGCAUUUAUCUGUCUGGCAAUAAUCUGGGCAUAUGCUACGUUUUGGGCUACGGUGCCUUUUGCUGGUGUGGGGAGUUAUGCCCCCGAGCCAUUUGGGACCUCCUGCACUCUGGACUGGUGGCUGGCACAGGCUUCAGUGGCUGGACAGGCUUUUAUUCUGAGUAUUCUUUUCUUUUGCCUUCUGUUCCCAACUGUGGUGAUUGUGUUUUCCUAUGUUAAAAUAAUUUUAAAAGUCAAAUCAUCCACCAAAGAGGUUGCUCACUAUGAUACCAGGAUUCAGAACAGCCACAUACUUGAAAUGAAGCUGACCAAGGUGGCAAUGCUGAUCUGUGCGGGGUUCCUCAUUGCCUGGAUCCCUUACGCUGUGGUCUCUGUGUGGUCAGCCUUUGGACAGCCGGAUUCAGUUCCCAUUCAGUUUUCAGUGGUACCAACUUUGCUUGCAAAGUCAGCAGCCAUGUACAACCCAAUUAUUUACCAGGUCAUUGAUUGUAAGUUUGCCUGUUGCCGAUCAGGAGGAUUGAAGACACUACAGAAGAGCUCUUUGAAGAAAUCAAGGAUGUAUACCGUAUCUGCACACAGAGACUCGACGGCAAUGAAUGAAACCCAGCUGGAAGUAUGAAGCUCAUUUCACAUACAGCAAACGAAAACCUG